AAGGAUCCAUCGUUGAAUAUUGACGCUUAACAUUCAGCUCGAAUACUAAAGUUCACGAAGUUUAUAGCGUCCCAGUCCAGCCAUACAAUCUUAACGAGCUCAAGAUUGACCAUCCAUUUACCGACGCAUUCUCUCGAUGGAUCGUCCCGCGAAACCAACCAAAGUCGUCCUGCACCCACCUCCGCCAGCUGUACGCAGAGCCAGUCCAAAACAACUUAUUAUCUUGAAUGCUUUAUAUGCGCGUGCUACGCGACCUGCAGGUCAGAGCAUCUCGGAUGCUUCCAAGGAAACUGGGCUCCCAGAAAGCUGGAUCAGAAAUUGGCUAAUACGAGCCCGAAGUAGUAGCAAAAGACGCACCGUCGGACAAUCCAGGUCUGGAGCUAUGCCUGAAUCCACGCCUUCCUCUACACACUCGACACAAUCCGAACCUACCAGGAAACCCUCAAGCAACAAUGUCUCUCAAAGCAAUGACGUCUCUCUCUCGGUGACAAAUUCACAUAUGCUCCGUGGUAUCGCUGGAACUCCAAUACCCAUGGACCCACCAUCUCACAUGUCAACCGUUUACUCUCAACCUCGUGCCUUCGCUGCUACUGAAUAUUCUCGUCCGCUUUCGGCUCCCACUCUUUCUACUGCCCCACCCUCGUCUGUCACAUCUAGUGUCUCUACCGGCUCCGCUGAUUUUACAACUUCAAAUGAGUAUAUGCGCGCAUAUACUCAGUCUCCUUCACUCGGAUACAUACCCAUGGCUUUUCCCUUCGAUUCCAGAACCAGCACUACCUUGAGACAAGAUGUUUCUAUCUCCUCGGCUCCGCCUUUGUCCUCCGCCCGGUUUCCAAAUAAAUCCGUACAUCACGAUGCCGUUGGAAAUAACUUGUCGGCUCCGGCUGUCCCCUUUAUUCAAAGCAAAGCUCCGUCUAUCCCGAAUUUGAAUCUGUCCUCUGUAAGAGAUAGAUCCUCUUCCUCUCGUUCUUCCACAUCUCUGCCUCAAGAAUCUUCUGACCACUCAAGAAUUCGGCAUUCCAAAUCAGACUCGCUGUAUGAUCUGUUGUACGACAUGACAGACCUCUCCUCACCUGAACCUCUUCACCGCUUCCCUCAACCUUUCUCACAACCUUCGCAAUCUGUGCAAACUGUUCAAACUGGAUUAUCACUCCCACUUUACUCUAGCAUGUCUUUCGAUCCCUCUUUUCAAACUCACUCGACGUCCGUUGGUCCUCUCGCUCCAGGAACUUCCCAGAUUUCACGAACUACUAUCGCCCACUCUUCGGCUGUUCACUCACACGUGCUUGCAUACCCUCCGCCUCAAACCACAACUGUCGCGUACAAAAUCAACAUGUAUGACUUGGUUGCUCUUACAAAGAGAGUACGGGCUACGUCUGCGUCUCGACUUGACCCCGAGACCUUUCCCUCGCCUACUCCCUCUCUCACAAAUGAACAAUAUACGGCCGCUAAACUUGCCGCCUCCGACUAUCCUUUCUCCGUGGCUCAAACAGCAGCAGAAGGCGCCCUGGCUGACGAAAUCCUCAACUUCGACGCCGAUGGCGAAGAAACAGAAGACGAAUCUGUGGAAGCAAUUACGCCGCAUGUCCCGAGUGAUGGAUUGGAAGUAUCGGCUGAUAUGUCUUUGGUCAGCGAGAAAGUCGGCGGGUUGUUACAGACAGAAAGAGUUGUCCGUGGUGUGCGGGAAGAGGACGAUUGAUAUGUUGUUCCCUCGUGAUCCAUGGCUGAAGUAUUAUCGAUUUUUGUUGCACGUAACCUAUACGAUGUCGAAUGCAAAGUGGGACGUCGCGAACCAUAAUAAUCAAUAAAAAAGUGUCUUGAGCCGC